GUGAUUGGAUGCAAUGGAACAGUAAGGCAAGAACACUCGGCACUCGAUUACUGUUGUUGCCUGGUGCCUUAGUGACGCAAGGCGACGCCUACAGACGCCCUGUGGCCGUGCUGGACGACUCCAGAAGUGUGUUUUUUGGUUGUUUUUUGUUUUUUUGGGAACCAGAAGUAGUACAAAUCGCGCCUCCCGUAACGUCCGCUUUAACCCUUUAACCGCUUCAGAAGGAACGGGUUCGCUCGCCCGAAUCCGAAGUAGUAAAGAACUGCUGCUAGAACAGCAGCUAGAAGUGAAGAGGUCUGUGCGAUCGUUGAAGAAAGAGAGAGAGAGAGAGAGCGAGAGAGAGAGCGAGAGAGAGAGAGCGAGAGAGUGCAAAAGAGUGAGUGUAGAAUAGUUUGUGUGGGUGGUGUUAAGGUUCCUUCAAUCAAGGGUACACGCGUGCAGUGCAGCAAUUCAGCGUCACCGAACCAACAAUCAGACGUGGAGGAGGAGAAGGAGAAAGAGGAGAAAGAGGAGAACGAGGAGCAGAAGGCCAGUAACAGUAAGCUCCCAGUAAGCUGCUACUAUCAACAAAACAAGCGGAUCGUACGCGUCCACCCUGCCGGUGGCCCGAUUGGAGGAGUACCGAGCCGAGGAUUAUGGAGCCAGAACCAGCCUGGAGCCGGAUCCAUGGGUGCGGGCCACCGUACAUCACUGCCGAAGCUGAAGAAAAUCAAGCCCAGCAGUACGGUGAGGUGAACCAGCUCGGCGGUGUGUUCGUGAAUGGGCGACCGCUGCCGAACAGUACGCGGAUGCGGAUAGUGGAGCUGGCCCGGCUCGGUAUCCGGCCGUGCGACAUCUCGCGCCAGCUCCGCGUCAGCCACGGGUGCGUGUCGAAGAUACUGGCGCGCUACCACGAAACCGGCUCGAUACUGCCCGGUGCAAUCGGUGGCUCGAAACCGCGCGUCACCACCCCGAAGGUGGUCACGUACAUCCGGGAGCUAAAGCAGAAGGAUCCGGGCAUCUUCGCCUGGGAGAUCCGGGACCGGCUGCUGUCGGACGGUGUGUGCGACAAGAACAAUGUGCCGAGCGUGAGCUCGAUCUCGCGCAUCCUGCGCAACAAGCUCGGUGGCAUUGGGCACCACCACCACCACCACCACCAUCACCACCACGGGGGCGGAAAUGGUGGAGGCAAUGGUGGUAAUGGUGGUUCGGGUACCGGUGGCCCCGGUGGCGGUAAUGGGGGCUCGGGUGGUGGUGGUGGUGGUGUCGGUAACCAUGGGACACACCCGUCCGCCCACCUCUACAACUCCAUCUACCCCACGUACCCGUACACGGCCGGUUCGCUGAAAUCGGAACUGUCGUGCGGGGGCAGCCCCUCACCCCCCACCGGUACAACGCCGAUGCGGAGCCCACACGCCGCCCACUGUUGGCCCUCGUCCCAUUCGGUCACCGACAUUCUGGCGAACGCGCACCACCAGGCGGCAGUGGCGGCCCUCGUGCGCAACGGGGGCACCCCCACCUCCCAGUGUCACACGACGCCACCACCGGCGGUACCGCAUGGGCCCGCCCAUGCCCACACGCUCGUUGGGGCGGGCGUCACGAUGGCGGCGGCGGCGGCGGCCGUCGGUGGUAUGAACGGGUCGGCAUCGAGUACGGCGGCGGCGGCGGCGGCGGCCGCUGCCGCUGCUGCAGCCGCUGCCGCGGCCGCCGGUAAUGCGGCCGCGAUGCACCAGCACCACCACCACCACCAUCACCACCAGAUGCAGGACACGGUGACACCGCAGUCCCCGAACUCGUACAACUACUACAUGUACUUGCAGAGCGGUGGCAUGCACCACGGGGGGCUCGCCAGCGCCUCCGGUUUAUAG